ACUACAAAGCCCUAAGAUCUUUAGCAGAAGUUCUAAGCUAUUUAGAAUGGAGGGACACUAUAUUGCAUUGGGCAUUAAUGUUUUAACUUUAUUUCUUCUUAAAUUGUGUGCCCUUCAGGCAGAAGGGCAAAAGCAACCAAUUGUUUCAGCGUUAUACGUGUUUGGAGAUUCGACCAUAGAUCCUGGUAACAAUAAUUUUCUAGCCACCAUUGUCAAAGCUGAUUUCCCUCCUUACGGAAGAGAUUUCCCAAAUGGUCAGCCUACUGGAAGAUUCACAAAUGGAAGAUUAAUUACAGACCAACUAUCUGAACUGGCGGGACUUCCAGAUUUGCUGCCUGCAUCUUUGGAUCCCGAAUUUCGAGGACAAAAGUUGCUGACUGGUGCAAGUUUCGGUUCAUCUGCUUCAGGAUAUGCAGACAGUACUUCUAUUACUUUGAAUGUGUUGCCAUUGGAGAAACAAGUGGAGAACUUCAGGCUCUAUAAAGCACAGCUUGUAAAACAAUUUGGGCAUGAAACUGCCAACAGGACUGUAUCUCAAGCAUUAUUUGCUAUAAGUGGAGGAACUGAUGACUUUGCCAAUAAUUAUUUCAUAAAUCCUCUAACCAGGAAAAAAUAUACCAUUGAACAGUUCCAAGAUCUGCUUCUAAAUUCUCUAUCUAAAUUUAUACAGAAUGUUUACAACGAGGGUGCUACUAAAAUUGGCAUUGUUGGGCUUCCUCCAUUUGGUUGUUUGCCUUCGCAAAUUAGUCUCCACAACAUAGUAGAAAAUAUUCAAUUCCAAUAA